CGCCUCAACAAGCUCUCCGACUACUGUAUCACGUGGCUCCCAGUGCUGGUAGUAGUACCCUAUUUCAUAGGUAGCCGUAUCCCUCGAACUCGAACCCAGACUGCAUGGCAAAGGAGAGUAUUGUACAUUGAUGCCGACGAGCCCGCUGCCAAAAAAACUAGUGAUGACAACAUGGAUAUCUGAUGAUGGAAAUUGUACGCGUACUGUCGGACCGACUCUUGACACUUUCUCGGCGAGAUUUUGAAGAACUGUUCACCAACCAAGCUUAACAAAGCAAAAGGCUGCUAAAGACAGUCUAAAGAAUGAAGACUUGGCGGAGCCCCAACUACUAUAGGUCGCUGCCAUCACUGGCAACGGUUUGCGCAAAAUGUGUGGUGUUCACCAAAUGGGCUGCUGCUCAAUAAUAUUUUUAUACUCAAGAGAUAAACAUCGGAUUAAUCCAUAGUUCUCACCUGACCCAGGGACUUCGGGAGAUAAGAAAUAAGGUAGUUGAACGCCACCGAAGUAACACAGUCUGUGGUCAUUUUUUUCAUUUGUUGAACGCUGGAAAACCUUGACAUCCGUUCAGUCGCUCAGAGACUACAAGGAAUGUGGGGAUUCGCGAAAAAAGGGCUAUUGGACGUUCUUUCGUUGCCACUAAUUGUGGCAGUGAUGUGCUGUGCCCAGAGCGUCAACGAACCGGGGAAUAUGUCUUUUGUAAAGGACACUGUGGAUAAACUGUUGAAAGGUUAUGAUAUCCGCCUUCGCCCCGACUUUGGAGGUGCCCCGGUCGCUGUUGGGAUGAGUAUAGACGUGGCAAGCAUAGAUAGGGUGUCAGAAGUCAAUAUGGACUACACGUUGACCAUGUACUUCCAGCAGUAUUGGAGGGACAAGCGGCUGGCCUACGCCGGGAUCCCCCUCAACCUCACGCUGGACAACCGGGUGGCCGACCAGCUCUGGGUGCCCGACACCUACUUCCUCAACGACAAGAAGUCGUUUGUUCACGGCGUCACGGUCAAGAACCGCAUGAUCCGUCUCCACCCGGACGGUACGGUUCUGUACGGACUGAGGAUCACCACCACGGCAGCGUGCAUGAUGGACCUGAGGAGGUACCCCCUGGAUGAGCAGAACUGCACCCUGGAGAUAGAGAGCUAUGGCUACACAACGGAUGACAUCGAGUUCUACUGGAAGGGAGGCGACAGCGCCGUGACGGGGGUGACGCGGAUCGAACUGCCCCAGUUCUCCAUCGUGGACUACAAGCUGGUGUCCAAAAAUGUGGUCUUCUCUACAGGUGCCUAUCCGCGACUGUCGCUGAGCUUCAAGCUGAAGAGGAACAUCGGUUACUUCAUCCUGCAGACCUACAUGCCCUCCAUCCUGAUCACCAUCCUGUCCUGGGUCUCCUUCUGGAUCAACUACGAUGCCUCCGCUGCCAGGGUGGCAUUAGGCAUCACCACCGUGCUCACCAUGACCACCAUCAACACCCACCUGAGGGAGACCCUCCCCAAGAUCCCCUACGUGAAGGCCAUCGACAUGUACCUGAUGGGCUGCUUCGUGUUCGUCUUCCUGGCCCUGCUGGAGUACGCCUUCGUCAACUACAUCUUCUUCGGAAGGGGGCCUCAGAUGCAGAAGAAGCUGGCUGAGAAGGCUGAGAAGGCCAACAACGACCGAGUGAAAUUUGACUGCAACCAGUCUAUUCUGGAACGAGCCAAUUGCAAAGCGGUGUCGAUUAAACACUCCAAUCAGGUACAGGGGCGACGUCCCUCACGAGGGGUGGACUCCCAGGGAAACAUCUUACUGACCACGCUGGAGAUCCGCAACGAGGUCGCGGGGAACGAAGUCCCCACGAUCACCGUGGGGGAAACGCAGAACUCGUCCUCCUCCAUGAUGUUCGAUCACUCGGGGAUCCAGUUCCGACGGCAGAGCUCGCUCAGGCCGCCCGGGCGCCAGAGCACCGACCGCACAGCCACGCUGAAGAAGAGUCGACUGCGCCGGCGUUCGUCUCAACUGAAAAUCAAAAUCCCCGACCUGACGGACGUGAACGCCAUCGAUAGAUGGUCGCGGAUCAUUUUCCCUGCCGCGUUCUCCCUCUUUAACAUGAUCUACUGGCUCUACUACGUGAACUAAAUAACCAAUGGGAUUUUUUUCAGAACCCAUGCUUGUUUUUGUAAGAGAAAACACAGCCAUCUCUUCAUCGAAAGGAUGUGAUAUGACAUUCCCUUUUACAAUUUUUUAUACUUACUGAGCCCAGGAUCAAUAUGUACCCAAUCAUGUGUGACCAUGCACAGUCCAUUCAUUCAAGCACACAAAGAUGAAGUACCACACACCCUCUAUUUCAUUUCUAGACCAGAAACUCCUUCUUUCUCUGAAGAAACUUUGUUCCGAUUAAGAAAAGUAAUGGAUAGUCUUUACAGAAAUGGCCAAUUAUCUCAAAUUGUAAUUGGGAGAGUACAGUACCCCUAAGUUAUGAAGAUAGCUGAAACUUUGAGCAGAAUUUGGAAAUGCUAAACCCAAGAUUUUGCGUUUUGUUAGGGUGUUUUGGUGUCACAUCAUAUCUAUUAUGAUAUUCUUUGAGUUCUGAAUAAUUUGUUACAUUGUCAUCUGUUUGCACAGGAUCCAGCUCAACUAUAUUCUAAAUAGUCACAUAUAGAGAAUAAUCUGGGAUACAUAUUUCCUGUGAUUCAUGUAUGCCACAAACUGUUAUUUUGAAGUGCUGAACCUCUGGACAGACAUUGAACCUUGUUCUGUAGAUCAUGUAUUUGCUUUUAAGACAAGGACUUUGUGACUUCAAUACACAAAGUAUUUCGGUCAUGGACUCCCUAAAGUCAUCCCUCCACACUGGUCUUCACGACCAAUUAUGCAACCAGUCAAAGCAUCAAAUAUUGUAUAAAUUUGUCUUGUUAUUAACGAUUCUACCCCAGUAAAGACAGUCUCUCUCUCUGAGUAGAGAUGCGGUUUAGUGCCACGAAGCCACAAAGGCAACUGCCCUAUGCCCAUUGACAUUUCUACCAAACUAGUUUUGGUUUGUCUGCAAAAAUGUACAAUUUCUAAAAUUUUUAAAUGUUCUUUUUAUGUGGCUUGUUUAAAUAAAAAUGAACUUUUACUUUUUACUACAACUAUGUACAAAGUAGCUAGAAAACACAACUCAGGUUCAGAACGAGGAUAUUUCUAAGAAUUAAUGCUCAUCAGUACACCCAUACUUAACUUAAAUACUUAAAAUGAAUCGGUUGUUGUCAGGCUUCUGCUGAGGUUGAUGACAACGACCAUUCAUUUCAACCAGGUGUGUUGGAAGAGGGAAACAUUUAAAACAUGCAGGGCAGGGGGUCCCAAGGACCCAGUUGAGAAGGGCUGUUAUAGACUCCAGACCUGAGGUGUUCGCUGCGCCUGUCUGCUGUGUUGCGCUAAAAGGUUCUCUGUCACUGUUUUGGUUUGUUGGUCAACAUUGCUUCAACAUGACUUUGAUUGAUCAUAUUACUUUUCAAAUGUGUUGUAAAUAUAUUACACAUGUUGUGAAAUCA